CAGUGUGGGCGCAUCAUUUGUAGACAAUACAUCCCUAACAUGUGAUGGUGCAUGUCAUCAGAAUCCAACUUUUAUGUACGAGGAAGAAGACUGCAACCAAAUGUGUUACAACAUUUCUUUAUGGCCUAAGCCAGAGUACGCCGCAAUUAAGCCACGAUACUUUUCAAUGUUUACAAAAGAUCAAAUCAGGUUUAAAUUUCACGUAGAAAAAAACUUAAAGAAAGUUAUCAAGAAAGCGUCUGUAAUAUUUAUGGAGACACUUCCCGAAACAAAAAAUCCCUGGUUUGAAAAUCAAUCUGUGAACCGAUUUUUAAUAUAUGUAACAGUUGAAAACUCCAGUUUAGAACUAAAGUUGGACACCGACGAACAAUAUUCUUUAACAAUUCGCAAGGAAGACUUCAACGUGGUGGCGAAAAUUAAUUCUAUAACCUAUUAUGGUGCUAGGCACGGACUGGAAACACUUUCCCAAUUAAUAUGGAAAGACUCUGACGGUAAUCAUCUUAAUGUGUUUCAUGAAGUCGACAUUAAAGAUAAACCAGCAUUCAAAUAUCGAGGACUCAUGGUUGACACUGCAAGGAACUUUUUCCCAAUAUCUCAAUUAAAACAAGUAGUGAAAGGAAUGGCAGCAACUAAGUUAAAUGUUUUGCAUCUUCAUUUAACUGACUCCGUAAGUUUCCCCAUUAGCUUACCAUCAGUUAAAGAGUUAGCUGAAAAAGGAGCAUACAAACCUGAAAUGAUCUACAAGCCCGAAGACAUUCAAAAUCUUCGUGAGUUUGCACUUAUUAACGGAAUUAGAUUAAUUUUAGAAAUUGAUGCUCCAGGCCAUGUUAACGAAGGAUGGAACUUUAAUAACGACUCGCUUGUGAUUUGUGGCGAACAAGAUGUUUUUAAAGGACACUUAAAUCCCGAUAAUAAAGAAGCUUUAAAUGUGUUGCAAAAAGUUUAUGGCGAUCUCAUAAACAUGAGCAAUCAAAGUGAACUGUUUCACAUUGGAAACGAUGAGGUCGAUACAUCUUGUUGGUGGAACACAGACGCUGCCAAACAAUUUCAAAAUACCAGACAAUUAUGGGUGCAUUAUACCAAUGAAAUGAUUAAUAGAUUGAAAGUGGCUAACAAUGGAAUACUUCCAGAGCAUGUAAUUAUGUGGUCCAGUCCGCUCACAGAUGACAACAUGAACGAAAUUAAACAUAAAGACAACUUAGUGGUGGAAUUUUGGCUUGGCAACCCAUAUAGAUUUCUCGCGGCAGGAAUAAAAGUAAUUUACGCAACUGUUGGUCAUUGGUAUUUAGAUUGUGGUUUUGGGCCUUGGAGGGUUAGUCCUGCAAAUGGAGUAUGCGAUCCAUAUACUGGAUGGAAAAAAUUUUACUCAUAUAAACCGUGGCAACAGUACGGCUAUCCAGAACUAGCACUAGGUGGCGAAGCUUGCUUGUGGACGGAGCAGGUUGGUGAAGACAAUUUGGAGACAAGAAUUUGGCCUAGGGCUGCAGCAAUGGCUGAACGAUUGUGGAACGAUCCAAGCGAUAAUAUUGAUUACAUAACUGCUCAACGUUUAGCUAAUCAUAGAGAAAGAUUAAUUUCAAGAGGACUGAAAGCUGCAGCUCUUUGGCCUAGGUAUUGUAAUCAAAAUCCAACAAAAUGUAUUUAAUGUGAACUUAAAAUGUAUGUAUUUAUAAAAUAUUUGUAUACUCUUAAACUAUUAUUUAUUAAAUAUUUUUUCAAUCGA